CAUUUGUCAGGACCGCGUGUGUUAUCGUUUGUGCAUACAAUGGACAGGCCAUUGUGAAUUCCUGCAUGUCGCCGAGUGGAAUUCAAAAGCUAAUCCAAAAUUAGCUCAGCAAACUAUACUUGUUUCGUCUUCUUGAAAGAAAUCAUUGCGAAACAUAGCUGUUGAAUGUGAGCACACCAAGCAAUCUGACUAACAUUCAAAAAUAAAUGACAAAGCUUACAUAUCAUAUUCGUGUACAUGCCAGAGAGCAAGAUUGCACGAACAUUUUUAGCAGAGUUUGACAUUACCGUUACGGUUGACAUUUUCGAAAUAUACUCAGAUCUCGGACAUCUGAUAGAGUUUUGCGAGCACAAAUAUUUGGAUAUGAGACGGAGACGAAGCGGAAUGAUCUUACAGCAUGCUAAUGCUAUUCGUGUUGUAAUACUGGGGAAGAAAGGCGUCGGGAAAUCAGCUCUGACCGUCCGGUUCAUGACGAAGCGUUUCAUUGGCGAAUACGACAGCAGUGGAGAUGAAACUUGGAAACAUAUGGCUUUAAUUGACGAAGAACACGUUCCACUUGAAAUAAACGACACGACCGGUGAAUGUUCCGAAGAGAAGCUGGACUUGUAUGUUGGUUGUGGGGAUGUUUUUAUUAUAAUGUAUUCAAUUACCGACAAGGAAUCACUAGAACAUGCUAAGCAUUUGGGCGAAUCGGUUCAGCGUAAAAAACCAGACGCGUCGGAGAACAUUGUUCUAGUCGGAACCAAAGCGGACCUUGAACAUUUACGUCGUGUCGACUUCAGCUCUGCGCAGGAAACCGCAAACGAACUCCAGUGCCUUUUCCAAGAAAUCUCCAUCAGUGAUGGUUACGAACAAGUUGAUAGACUAUUCCAGGAAUUAUUGCGGAGAUAUUCUAAGAAAAUCAGCGCGCAAAAAGCUCCCGUCAAAUCGAUCUUGAAAAAGAAACAAAAAAGCAAAGAUAACUUAGGCAAAUCAUCGUUGAGUCGCAAGAAAAGUAUGCAUAAUUCUGUACCCAUUGUAGAAUAAAUUAUAGCGUCGUUUGUACAGUACAUGCAAAUUUGUAAAUAUAAAUAUUCCUAUGUAUUAGUCUAUACUAAGUAUAGUUAUUGUUUAUUGAUAAAGUAGUUUUCAUAUUUAAUGACCUGUUUAGGACACUGAAAUAAAAGGAAA